GGAUGAGCUGAGUUUCUCACAACUAAGAAUUGAAUCACUCACUACAGAAUCUCUUUCAAUUGAGUGUUUGGUAUAAGAUGGGCCUAAAAGGAAAGCUACUUGGGCAGAUAGAGAUCAGUUUUCAUGGAGAUUUAUUUCAUGAAAUCCUUGGAGCCAGACCCCAUCAUCUGCCUUCCAUGACCUCAGUCAUUCAUGCAGUUGAUGGCCAGUGGGGAACUCAGGGCUGUACCACAAUCUAUAAAUUUACCCAAGGUGGGAAAACUGAAACCGCGGAGACUGCCAUGGACACCAUAGAUGAUGAGAAGAAAAUGGUGAAAUACAGAGUGGUAAAAGGUGACGUCUUGGAAUCCUAUAAGAGUUUCAUUGCAACAUGUGAAGUUGAAACCAAUGGGGAUGACAACUUUGUGACUUGGACUAUUGUGUAUGAAAAGCUCAAAGAAGAAAUUCCUGAGCCACUCAGCUAUAUGGAGUAUUUUUUUACAGUGACCAAGGAAUUGGACGAUCACCAUGCCAAGCCGAACCCAUGAAUAUGAGUCGUAAUAAUAAUGAAUAAUAAUAUAUUAAAUAAUGGAUGCUUUGUGAUGUAUCGUAUUACUGCCUCUGUAUUCAAAGUGCAUGUGUGUUGUAAAAUAAGUAAGGGAUUAUUUCCUUGAAGUUCAUAAAUAUUAAAAUAAAAUAAUGUGGUAUUUUAUAAUA